AUGAUCAUGAUCAUGAUCAGUCACCACCAUCAAACCCCUUCUCUUCCGAAGCUCAAUCCCAUGCUCAUCUCAACUCUCCAACUCUUCUCCUUUCUCUGCCUCCUCCUCUCCACCACCAUCAUCGCCGCCGCCGUAGAUGACAGCGGCGCCUGGCUACCUUACACUCCCACCGACCACAUUCUCCUCGACUGUGGUUCAGCUUCUAACACCACCGACGUUAGCAUUCGGAACUGGGACGGCGAUGUCCGAUCACAAUUCUUACCGUCGAACAAUGAAAACACGUCGUCGAAUGCUACAUCCUCCGAGUCUGUCAUUCAAGUGCCCUACAAGACUGCUCGUAUCUUCCACUCUCAAUUCACCUACUCCUUCCCAGUCUCUGCAGGACCAAAAUUCAUUCGUCUCUAUUUCUACCCAGUUAAUUACUCUGACCUCGAUAUUACCAACUCUUUCUUCUCCCUCACUUCCAGCGACUACACCCUCUUAAACAACUUCAGUGCCUUCCUCACUGUCUCCGCCAUGAAACCCGCAGUUGCUUCCCUUAUAAAGGAGUUCAUCGUUAACGUUAGGGACAACCAGAUACUGAAUAUAACCUUUUGGCCUUCUCCGAACUCUUACGCCUUCGUUAAUGGCAUUGAAGUCGUUUCAAUGCCGAAAAAUCUCCACAUUCGCGGCAAUGAUCAUCCUAUCCCACUAGUGAGCGAGAACCAAAGAUUUUACAUUGAUAACAACUCUGAUCUUGAGACUCUCUAUCGAUUAAAUGUUGGCGGUAAUGAGGAGACACCACCUUACACUGCACCGAAGAUCGUUUACACAACCACCAAGAACAUGGGCAAUGACAGUUUAAGAUACAAUCUGACAUGGAGAUUUCCUGUUGAUUCUGGGUUUUAUUAUCUUCUCAGGCUCCAUUUCUGCGAGAUUCAAUUGGAGGUGACCCUUGAGAACCAAGGGGUUUUUAUAAUUUACAUCAACAAUCAAACGGCAGAGAGAGGAGCAGAUGUUAUCUACUGGAGUGGUGGCACUGGAAUCCCGGUGUUUAAAGACUACGUCAUUAUGGUCACCGACCCAGAUGGUAGCCGGAGCAAGCAAGACUUGUGGCUCGCUAUGUACCCUGAGCUCGACAAUAGACCUGAUUACGGUGAUGCUAUAUUGAAUGGUUUAGAAAUCUUCAAAUUGAGUGAAACAGCUGGAGGAUUUGGUAAUGUGUACAAGGGCCACAUCGACAACGGUGCAACCACCGUUGCGAUCAAGCGAUUGAACCCAUCAUCCAAUCAGGGGGUCCACGAGUUCCAAAUAGAGAUCGAGAUGCUAUCGAAGCUACGACAACUCCAUGUCGUGUUGUUGAUCGGUUACUACAAUGACAACUGUGAGAUGAUCUUAGUGCAUAAUUAUAUGGCCCACGGAAUCUUUCGUGAUCAUUUUUACAAAUCAAAGAAACCACGUCUUCCGUGGAAGCAAUGCCUUCAGAUUUGUAUUAGUGCAGCAAAGGGAUUGCAUUAUCUCCAUACAUGUGCGANUAAUUAUAUGGCCCACGGAAUCUUUCGUGAUCAUUUUUACAAAUCAAAGAAACCACGUCUUCCGUGGAAGCAACGCCUUCAGAUUUGUAUUAGUGCAGCAAAGGGAUUGCAUUAUCUCCAUACAUGUGCGAAUCACACGAUCAUUCACCGUGAUGUGAAGUCCACCAAUAUUUUAUUGGACGAGAAAUGGGUGACUAAGAUUUUUGAUUUUGAAUUAUCCAAAUUGGGUCACAGAGAUGCAGGCCAUAACCACGUCACCACAAUGGUGAAGGGUAGUUUUGGAUAUUUAGAUUUAGAAUAUUAUAACCGACAACAAUUGACAGAGAAAUCAGACAUGUACUCAUUUGGGAUGGUUUUAUUUGAAGUUUCAUGUGCUAGGCCGGCUAUAAUUCUAGAUUUACCCGAAGAGCAAGUGAAUUUGGUUGAGUGGGNGGUGACUAAGAUUUUUGAUUUUGAAUUAUCCAAAUUGGGUCACAUAGAUGCAGGCCAUAACCAUGUCACCCCAAUGGUGAAGGGUAGUUUUGGAUAUUUAGAUCUAGAAUAUUAUAACCGACAACAAUUGACAAAGAAAUCAGACAUGUACUCAUUUGGGAUGGUUUUAUUUGAAGUUUCAUGUACUAGGCCGGCUAUAAUUCUAGAUUUACCCGAAGAGCAAGUGAAUUUGGUUGAGUGGGCCCGACAUUGUUAUAAAAAUGGGACCCUUGAUCAGAUUGUUGAUCCUAAUAUAAAGGAGGAGAUUGCGCCAGAGUGCUUGAAGAAGUUUGGAGAAUUAGGUGAUAGUUGCUUGCGUGAAAAUGGGUUCAAACGACCAGGAAUAAAUAAUGUUUUGUGGGGCCUUGAGUUUGCUUUGCAACUUCAAGGGGAGGCUGAGAUGAUGGGUCAGGGUGGCGGUGGUGGUGGGUUACUGCCAGCAGCGUUGACUAGUCCCUCUACUCCUCCUCUGCAUGGAGAAUCAACGACGAACGACGAUGAAAACGUGUUAAGAUCAAUGGCCAACAAUGACAAAUUAAAAAAUAAGACUCUGUUCUCAGAGAUCAUGAAUCCUAUGGAUCGAUGA